GGUUUGGGUGCAUACUACAAGGCCAACUGGCCAAAGAACCCGCUGGCGCCACUCGACACUAGUUGUGGGAAAGCGGGCAAGACAGUGGGCGAGGCCGUGGGCGAGGCGUCCUGCCUGCUUGCGGUGGGCCGGAGGAGCCUGCGCCUGGGGCCCUACCCUGCUGUGCGGCGUGCGAUUCGGGUGUGGAGAAACGGCCCGGGCCGCUUGGCCAUGGCCCCGAGGACCCUGGACUACUGACGGCCCGUGUCACUGGUGAAAUUAGCGAUGGAGCGGGGGGCCUGCGGAGACCCGGUGCGCGGUGCUCAGGGCUGCGCACAGCAUCCAGCAAAAACGGCGAGUCGCCGGGUCGAUUCGGGCCUGGAGCGCCCGGAUACGGCUGGCGACGGCCAUCCUCAACAUGGCGUUGCCGGGGCGAGAAACGGCCCACCUUCCGCAGAAAAUACCCAGGGCCAGUUCCAGGGCCAGUUCCAGGGCCAGCUUCAGGGCCCUCGUGCGCGCUCCAGGCCCCAGGCCCAGGCCCGCACCAGACUGCCAUGUUCCAGGGCCACACCCAGGGCCACCCAGGCCCGCACUGGUGCCCGCACUGGGCCCGCGCCAGGCUCGCGCCUGCACCUCUGCACCAGCAUCGGGCCUGCUCAGCUUCGCAUCCCCACCACCCAUCCGCCCCCAUCUCCGCCUGUCUUCGCCAUCUGCCCCCACGCCCAUCUCCCCCACGCCCGCCACCACCACACCGCCAUGGCCGACAGAGGACGGCCCACCAAAUGGGGCGGCAAGUCCGCGCGCUUCGUCGAGCUCGGCGGCCUCAAGUUGGACACCAUCGUCACGGGCCACUUGACCCAGGAACAGAUCAACGCGUACCAGCAGUAUUUCCGCGUCGAGGAGAUCUCGCACCUCUUGCGCAGGGCCCGGGCGCCCGGCGCGUCGCUCCCGCUCGUGUUGCCGUCCGCCAGGGUGCCCGCGUUCAAGCGGGACCCGUCGCCGCCGCCCCAGUACGACGCCAGCGGCAACCGCACCAACACGCGCGAGCUCCGCACACACGAGCGGCUCGACAAGGAGCGGCACGCGCUCGUGGAGCUCGCGGCCACCACGAUCAAGAACUACGACCCGCCCGCGGACUACAAGCGGCCGGCCAAGACCCUGGAGAAGUUGUACAUCCCGAUCCAGGACUACCCGCACAUCAACUUCGUGGGCUUGCUCCUCGGGCCGCGCGGCAACACGUUGCGCCAGCUCCAGGAGGACUCGGGCGCGCGCCUCGCCAUCCGCGGCAAGGGCUCCGUCAAGGACGGCAAGCUGGCGGACUCCGGCGGGCCGCUGGCGCCGGAGGACGGCUUGCACGUGGUCAUCACCGCGGACACCUCGGCCAAGAUCCAGCGGGCCGUGGCGCUCACCAACGAAGUCAUCGAGAAGGCCGUGUCGUCGCCGGUGGGCCAGAACGACUUGAAGCGCGACCAGCUCCGCGAGUUGGCCGUGUUGAACGGCACGCUCCGCGAGACGAAGCCCUACGUGCCGCCGGAGCUCUUCGGCGCCCAGCGCCGCCCGCCGGGCCGCGACAUCGCCCUGAUCGUGUGCCGUGUGUGCGGCAGCGUCGGGCACUACUCACGUGACUGCACGCUCCGCCGCCUGGGCCCGCCCGUGGACUCCUACAGCCCGGACGCGCCGCCGAAGCGUCCCCACGCCGACGAUGCGCCGCCCUGGGCCAGCCACACGUAUCCGCCCGUGGGUGUUCUGGCACACGCCCCGAGUGCGGCGUACGGGCAGUCGCCCGCCUGGCAAACCGGGCCGUUCAGUGGCCCGCCGAGCGGCCUUCCGUACGGCUCGCAGCACGGCCUUCAGCGCACGCACGCGCCGCCUGCGCUCUCGCAAUAUGGCUCGCCUGGCCACGCGCUCCGGGCCCCUCAGAUACCCCAGACUGGCCCGCCGCCCUUGCCGAUGCCGCUGCGCACACCCACGGCCGCGCCUCCUUUGCCGGGCCAUCCCUCUGCGAACGGAGGCGUUCCGAGCACGCGGCUUGCGCGGCCACCGCCACCGCCGCCCGCGUUCGUUGCCCCGCCGCCGCCGCCACUCAGAAAGCCAGCCCCGCCUCCUCCUCCACCACCCUCCUCGGGAGCCAGUGUGCCUAAGCCCCCGCCACCGCCGCCACCCUCGGGAUGAACCAGUGCGUACUUUCACUGAACCCUGUUGUCGGCGUCGGCAUGAAGAUUGGACAGUGCCAUCUCACUCUUUCGGAUGUACGAGUGGCCGGGGUGCGUUGAGCAUGGAGCCCAAA